AUGAGAACAUCGCUGGGAACGAUUCCUCUGCCGGACACUAUCAGCAGGCACAACACGUCGGUGAUUAGCUUGGGUCAGGUCAGACCCGGCCCACGGGUCACUAAUGAAUAUGUGGAUAGUCCCCGUGUUCAUGCGCUGCAGCCUCUCAAGACCCAUAUAGUCUCUAUAGGGGGAGGUGGCGGCAGCUCACCAGGUUUUGCUCACCGAGUUAUUCUUCCCUCCCCACCGGGGGAAAGAAAUGGUAGGAGCCAACGUCCUGUUUUGUCAUCUUUACCAACGACUGCAGUUACACAGCAACCUUUGCCAAAGUGUCCUUCACUUAAACAGGACCCUGUGAUUUCUUUGGAUGGCAUCAGGGAAGGAGAAGCGGCCCAUAUGGGUAAUCCUUCAGGUGGUGCAGGCCAUGGGGAUAGCAUCAUAUGUGAUAAAUGUGGAAAGUGCCGAUGUUCGUCUUGCACUGAGCCCCGUACGCUGCCAUCUCGCUGGUGCUGCCACAACACUUGUGAAGUGAGCCUCAACAAGGCAUUGGAUGUAUGUACCUGUUUCUGCUGCAUCAAGUGCAUCUUCUACCACUGUGGUGCCGAAGAAGACAACGAGUGUUAUGAGAAACCCUGUGGAUGCACCUCCACCCCUCACUGCUGCCAAAGAUGGACAGUGAUGGGGAUGAUGUCCUUAUGCCUGCCGUGUCUCUGGACGUACUGGCCAGCUAAAGCAGGUCUGGCCACCUGCACCAUGUGUUACAACCACUUCCGUCGCAACGGUUGUCAGUGCCACCUACAACCUGAAGCAAGGACCUCGGUGGCGUCGGCAGGGGAAUCAGAACUGAAAGUGUGUACAAGCGACACAUGCAGGGCGAACAAAGGGGGCAACAACUCCAGACACUCACAGACUCGACGACUGCUAAUAGAAUCAGAUUCCUCUAGUGCAUAA